AAGAAAAGUAGGAGAUUAAUUUAAACCAGUUUAAAAAGCCUGCGACGUUCACGUGCAAUUCAGAGCCUGCUGAAAUUGUGUGUGGGGAAAAAAACAAUACCGCGGAGUUCUUUUUGUGAAUUUGACCAGCUUGUGAAAUGUCUGGACGAGGGAAGAAGCUUGCAAAGCCGAAAGCAGAAACCAAAAGCCGCUCCUCUAAAGCGGGCCUCCAGUUCCCCGUGGGUCGUAUUCACAGGCUGCUGCGGAAGGGGAACUAUGCACAGAGGAUCGGCUCCGGUGCGCCGGUCUACUUGGCAGCAGUGCUGGAGUAUCUGACUGCGGAGGUGCUGGAGCUGGCAGGCAAUGCUGUCCGACAGAAUGGGAAGCAUAGGGUUAUGCCCAGACACAUCCAACUGGCAAUAAGGAAUGAUGAAGAGCUCAACAAACUGCUGGGAGGGGUGACCAUCGCUGAAGGGGGAGUCCUGCCCAACAUUCAGGCUCAACUUCUCCCAAAGAAGACUAAGAAGCCCUCUCCUGACGAUGGCAAAGACGCUCAGUCUCAGGAGUUUUAGAAAUUGGACUCAAAUGGGGGAGGGGGGGGGGAUUUUAUUGUGGGUGUUUUGUUUGUUGUACUUUUAAUAUCUAUAAAUAAAGAGAUUUUUUUUAUAUCCACAACAUAUGCACUUUUAUCUGUUUGAACUGGGUUUGGCUUGUGGCAGACUUGAAUUGUGAUUUGUGUUGCUGAGGAAAGGUGUAAUUUUAAUCUACAGAAGCAGGGUCUCUCUCUUUCC